UUCCAGAGAUGAACAUAUCCUCUCAACUCUAUGUUUCUGAACUAAACCUGAGUGCCUUUGGUAGCAACUUUACUGUGCCUACUGUCAAAAGCAAGUCAUCACCAUGUGAGCAAGUGGUCAUUGCUGCUGAGGUGUUCCUAACUCUGGGCAUCGUAAGCCUCCUUGAAAAUAUCUUAGUUAUCUGUGCAAUAGUUAAGAACAAGAACUUGCAUUCACCCAUGUAUUUUUUUGUUUGCAGUUUAGCAGUGGCAGACAUGCUGGUUAGUGUGUCUAAUGCUUGGGAGACAAUAACAAUAUACUUAAUAAACAACAGACACAUAAUUAUGGAAGAUGCCUUUGUCCGGCAUAUAGACAAUGUCUUUGACUCUAUGAUCUGCAUAUCUGUGGUGGCUUCCAUGUGCAGUCUGCUGGCUAUAGCAGUGGACAGGUAUAUCACUAUCUUCUAUGCCCUGCGUUAUCACAACAUCAUGACAGUGAAAAGAGCAGGGCUUAUAAUUGCAUGCAUCUGGACCUUUUGCACAGGCUGUGGCAUUAUCUUCAUUCUUUAUUAUGAGUCAACUUAUGUUAUCAUUUGUCUCAUCACUAUGUUUUUUACCAUGUUGUUCCUCAUGGUUUCCCUGUACAUUCACAUGUUCCUUCUGGCUCGUACUCAUGUGAAGAAAAUAGCUGCUUUGCCUGGGUACAACUCUGUCCGUCAAAGAACCAGCAUGAAAGGAGCCAUCACUCUGACCAUGCUUCUCGGCAUCUUCAUUGUUUGCUGGGCUCCAUUCUUCCUUCAUCUCAUCCUGAUGAUCUCCUGCCCUCAAAACCUCUACUGUGUCUGCUUCAUGUCUCACUUCAACAUGUACCUCAUCCUCAUUAUGUGCAACUCAGUGAUCGAUCCCUUGAUCUACGCCUUUCGUAGCCAGGAAAUGAGGAAGACCUUCAAGGAGAUAAUUUGUUGCUAUAGCCUGAGAAUGGUGUGUGGGUUAUCAAACAAGUACUAAGAAAGCCAAACCACACUGGGGAAGAGGAU